AAAUUAGUUUCAUGGUUUAAUAUCAGUCAUGAGGGUGUUUGAUCUCACGCUCCUCAUGUCUGUGUCGGCAGGUUUGGAUCCCACUCCUUCCACCUCAACAGCACCUGUCAUAAGAAAACCUCCUGCAAAGAGACCUGCAGCUCCUCCUCCUCAAGCCUCCUCCUCCUCCUCCUCCUCCUCCAGGCACAUGAAGCGACUCAGAGAUGAGGAGCAGGAUCCAACCUGUGCGGCCGCCACGCUGCGUGUCCUCAAACAGAAGCAUCCCAGUCCUGUGGAGCCCAGCAGCAGCAGCAGGAACUCCUCAUUGAAUCCCAACUCAUCUCAGUCCAGUUCAGAUAAGAAGUCUGCCGAUGCUCCUGUGGUUCCCUUUGGUUUGGACCUGUACUACUGGGGACAGAAGCAGCCCAAUGCCGGCAAGAUCAUCAAAGCUGCCUCUCAGCAUCAGUUCUGGGUUCCCAUUGAUGUGGAGGAAGAGGUGGAGAACGAGCAGCUGCUGGCGGAGAGCAGGAGCAGAUACAUCUCUUUCCCUGGUAACUUCACUCCUGUCAGCCAUUACUGUAAAGCUCCUCUCGGUAAUGGAACGCUGUGUCAGCGGCAGGACAGACAGAAGUGUCCUUUCCACGGCCGGAUCGUUCCUCGAGACGAGGAGGGCCGACCCUGCAGGCAGGAGGACCGCGUCAGGGAGGAGCAGGAGGAGAGGAAGAGGAGAGAGGAGCAGCCUGACUGGCGAGACCCAGAGCUGCUGCGAGACAUUGAGGCUGUGACAGGAGAAGACCUGGGUUCUGACCGAGUGGGUAAAAAACGGAAAGGGAAAAAGAAGAAGUUUCCCAACCUGAGUGAUCUGAAGCAGAGGAGCAACACGGCUCGCUCCAGGCUGGAGAGGAAAGUGUUCAACAAAAGCUCCAUGCGCAGAGUGGCUCAGGUGUUGAGUAAAGCUGACGGAAGAAAACACGAAAAGUUCUCCAACCAGUUCAACUAUGCCCUCAACUGAGCCGCAGCCAUUUUGUAACCCUGGACAUGAAGGGCUUCCAUUUAAAUGUAUGUAAAUGUGAUCAUCAGGUCAAAACAGGACUAUAUUUACAACAGUGACUCAGUGCCAAGUACAACUUUGUCUGAAUUUCUGCUGUUUUCUACUUGAAUUCUCGGAGUGCUCUGCUCUUUGCCUCCACUGUCAUCAGCAUAACUGAUGAAUCAGGACAUAAAUCACAGCCAGAACACGUGAUCGUUCAUAAAUGGAUGCACUUUCAUGUUUGUAUUCAGGUUCAUCAGAGUGAUUCUAGAUGUGUUUGAGGUUCUGGUUGUGUUCAGUAGUGAAAGAAGAGAAAGAGACAGAAGUCUUCUUAAUGCUGCAGGUGAGACAUGAAUAGUUUAAUAGUUUGUUGUUGUUUAAUUGAAUCUAGCCUCACUAUAUCUACACGUUCUGUCUUAAACAAAAACAAACUGAGUAACAUUGUAAACUCUCAGCUGCCAAGACUGAAAAACUAAUUAUGAAUCUUAAUUUGUUAUUGUGUGCUUUACUCUGAAAUGUGUCGUGUUAUAACUACUGUGUUAGGAAGAUAAAGUGAACUUUAUUAAUUCUGACUUCUAUGUGAUAUUUAGAAUUUCCCACUGUUUACACCUGAGACUGCAUUACUGCCUAUGUUGAUCCACGGUUGUAUCUCCUGUUGUAAACAAGCAUGAGCACAGAAUGUGUGUCAACCUCCGCGACACUAGGUGGCGAUAUUCAGCUCGUCCAUGUCACGUAGCGUCUCAGAGCAGUGAGUUGGUUCUCUCAAGGUAACAAUGCAGAAGUAAAACUUUACACAAUAGCCACCAGGGGGCGACUGUUUGAAACGAAGUCUACGGAAAAAAGGGUCUACUUCCAAUUAGUUAAAUAGAACAUGAAGUCACUUUUAUGAAUGAUUUCCCACUUAGAGGAAAAUAGCUCGUAUAAGUGAACACUCUGAACAAGGCUUGUCAAAUCCUGUCCACACAACGUCUUUAUGCCAUUUAUUAACUUCAGAAUAUUUAAUUGUUCAGGCUGUGAGAGUGAGAAUUUUAUUCUCCUAAGUCCAAACUAUUCUCUGUGAUCUCGCUGUCGUCGUCGUCGUCUUCUUCCUCUGAGUUUUUCUUUCUAAGUCAAAGUCUGGAUGAGAAGUGUGAAACAUGCACAGAUGAACAAUUUCAGUCUGACUUGAAUGUAAGUUGCACUAACUGAUUAUUCUAUUCUUACAUGAUGUAAACAUACUGACUAAGAAAAUGUGUGAGAGAGAGACCACACAGAUGACAUGUGAGAGGCGUGGCAGGACUGAGACGUUGAACCAUGACGACCAAAAUGUCAACUUUGAGAUGAAGAGACGCUUUAGAGAGACGGUGGACUUUACUGUUAAUAUGCAGAUGAUUGUGACCCUGGUAGUUAUAUAUUAAUCAGCUUAUAAUCAUUACAACAUUUUUGAUUUCUGAAACUUGAUAAAUGUUCAUAAAAGCCGUGAAAACUUCA